AUGGAUUUCAAGAAUUCAAAUGAAGAGACAAAGACUGGGAUUUAUUUGAUGCAAGAAGGUAAUGAGGAGCCGUUUAAUAUUCGACUACACUUGGCCAAAGAUAUUCUGACCAUUCAAGAACAAGAUGUCAUCUGUGUGUCAGGAGAGCCUUUUUAUUCAAGCGAGAGGACUGUAACGAUCAGGAGGCAGACGAUUGGAGGGUUCGGUCUGAGCAUCAAGGGUGGAGCAGAGCAUAAAAUCCCUGUUGUGAUAUCAAAAAUAUCAAAGGAACAGAAAGCUGAACUCUCUGGGCUGCUUUUCAUUGGAGAUGGAAUCCUUCAGAUAAAUGGAAUAAACGUAAGAAGCUAUCGCCACGAGGAAGUGGUACAGGUUUUGAGAAAUGCUGGUGAAGAAGUGACUCUCACCGUCUCUUUUUUAAAGAAGACUCCGGCCUUUCUGAAACUGCCCCUGUGUGAGGACUGCACAUGCAUUCCCAGUGACCAGAGUAGUGGGACGUCCUCUCCUCUGUGUGAUAGUGGCCUGCACCUGAACUACCAUCCUAACAACACGGACACGCUGUCCUGUUCGUCUUGGCCCACAUCCCCGGGGCUUCGCUGGGAGAAGAGAUGGGUGGACCUGCGCCUUAUUCCACUGCUACACUCACGCCUGUCGCAGCACAUCCCGGGCUCUGACAUCUGCAGGAAAAAUGCUUUCCAGGUUAUAGCUGUGGAUGGAGUUUGCAGUGGAGUUAUACAGUUUGCCACAGCUGAAGACUGUUUGGACUGGCUUCAGGCGAUAGCGAGCAACAUUUCCAGUCUCACCAAGCACAAUGUGAAGAAGAUUAACCGAAAUUUUCCAGUUAACCAGCAGAUUAUCUACAUGGGCUGGGUCGACGAGAAGGAGCAGGACUCUGUUCAGGACCGAAUGUAUUCACCAAAGUUCCUCGCUUUGAGGGGUUCCUCACUUUUCAAGUUUUCAGCACCUCCUGUGACAACGUGGGAUUGGACCAGGGCAGAGAAAAGCUUUACUGUGUAUGAGAUAAUGUGCAAGAUUUUAAAGGAUAAUGACCUUCUGGACAAGAGGAAGCACUGCUUCAGCGUCCAGACGGAGAGCGGGGAGGACAUGUUUUUCAGCAUGGAGCUGGACUGUGAGCUGCUGAUCUGGGAAAAGGCUUUUCAGAUGGCCACCUUCCUGGAGGUGGAGAGGAUACAGAGUAAAACGUAUGCCUGUAUCAUGGAGAGCCACCUUAUGGGACUUACUAUUGACUUCAGCAUGGGCUUUGUGUGCUUUGAUGCAGCUUCAAAGGCAGUACUGUGGAAAUACAAGUUCUCCCAACUAAAAGGAUCAUCCGAUGAUGGAAAAAGCAAAAUCAAGUUUUUAUUCCAAAAUCAAGACUCCAAAUCUAUCGAAGCAAAGGAGCUGGAGUUCUCAAACCUCUUUGCCGUGCUUCAUUGUAUUCAUGCUUUUUUUGCUGCCAAAGUUGCUUGCCUGGACCCGAUGUUUGUGGAGAGCCAAGGCAGCGCGACUACCACUGGGAUUCCUUCUCUUUCCAGUAUCUCUUGUAAUUCACAGACACCGAAACUCAAAUACACCACUUGAC